CCCUUUCCCGCAUCCCCCGUGCGCUCUCCGUGCGCCCCUUUUACCGUUCUCCCCCUUCCCGCGCAUCCCUGGUGUGCUCCCCGCUGUAGUCUCCUUGCACCCCCUUCUGCCGUGCAUCCCUCCUGUGCUCCCCGGCUCCCUUUCCCGUGCAAUCCCUGCUGACCUCUCCGUGCACCCCCUUUUCCUUUGCAUUGCACGUAUCUUCCUGUCCACCCCUUUCCUGUGCAUCCCUGGUGUGCUCCUCACUUUCCCUGCAUCCCCUUUUCCCUUUCCCCCCCUUCUGCGCUCCCCAGCGUGCUCUCCCUGCACCCCCUUUCCCCUGGUACACCCCACACUGAUCUCUCAGUGCACCCCUCACCCUGUGUGUCCCCCGGUGCCUCCUGCACGCACUGUCCCCGCUCCAGCCGCUGGCCGUGCACUCCCGGCCAUGAACGGCUCGCUGCCGGGCUCCGGGGCGGGCUGGCAGCCCGAGUCCGUCAUCAUCCCCCUCGUGUACCUCAUCAUCUUCCUCGUGGGCACCGUGGGCAACAGCCUGGUCCUGGCCGUGCUGCUGCGCAAUGGGCAGGUGAAGAACACAACCAACCUCUUCAUCCUCAACCUGGGGGUGGCUGACCUCUGCUUCAUCCUCUUCUGCGUCCCCUUCCAAGCCACCAUCUACACCCUGGAGGGAUGGGUGUUCGGGCCCUUCAUGUGCAAGGCUGUGCACUUCUUCAUCUACCUCACCAUGUAUGCCAGCAGCUUCACCCUGGCCACCGUCUCCCUCGACAGGUACUUGGCCAUUCGAUACCCUCUGCACUCCAGGGAGCUGAGGACGCCCAGGAAUGCCCUCCUGGCCAUUUGUCUCAUCUGGGGGCUCUCCUUCAUCUUCUCGGGCCCUUACCUCACCUACUACCAGGAGUUCCAGCUGGCCAACCUGACUGUCUGCCACCCCAUCUGGGAGAUCUCCCAGCGCAAGAUCAUGGACGUCUGCACCUUCAUCUUCAGCUACAUCAUCCCCGUGCUCAUCCUCAGCCUCACUUACGUGCGGACUGUUCGCUACCUCUGGCGCUCCGUGGACCCUCUCCAGGACAUGUCGGAGUCCAAGAAGGCCAAGAGGAAGGUCACCAGGAUGAUCAUCAUUGUUGCAGUCCUGUUCUGCCUCUGCUGGCUGCCCCAUCACCUGGUCAUCCUCUGCAUGUGGUUCGGGUACUUCCCCCUCAACCACUCCACGUACGUGCUGCGCGUCCUCUCGCACGUCAUCUCCUACGCCAACUCCUGCGUGAAUCCCAUCGUCUACGCCCUGGUCUCCAAACACUUCCGCAAGGGCUUCAAGAGGAUCUUCAGCUGCCUCCUGCACAAGAAGGCGGCGCACAGGGUGCACGUGGCCCAGGCUGCCAACACGGUCAGCACGCUGGAGGCAGAGCUCAGCGAGGUGACCCAGCUGAGUGAAGCCCUGCCCGGCCCCUCCCUGCGCUGCAGGGUCUCUGCACAGCCCUGGGGGGAGGCAGAGCUGCUGGGACAGCAGCAGAGAGCAGACGGCUCCUCUGUCACCUUCAACGUCAGCUAGCACAGCUUCCUGCCACCCCACGGCUCUGUAGUCUCCUGCAGCAUUGCAGGCCUGGGGCUUGGGCUGAAAUGGGUCCAGUUGAACCCUUUUCAUUCAAAUGCAUCCAGAUAUCAUAACUAUGAUGCUGCUGAUAUAAACUCAGCCAAGAACCAGCCAAGAACAGGAUUUGCUUCCACCAAGCACUUGCUGAGAGCAGAGAGAUCAAACCCAGGAAUACACUGCCAUGAGUAAACACCUGUUCCUCUGCCAUGGACAGACUUACUCCCUGUUGCACCUACACCCAGAGCCUGUGAAAAGCUGUGGCCCCUCCAACCAGUACAGCAUCUGGAGUUAGUGGGUGCACUUUUAGAGACAUUUGGAAAGUCUUGGUUUGUUUGUGUCCUGGUUUAGGAGCUGCAUCCCAGGGCAGCACUGGGCACAAACUCAGCUCAGGUAGGAAAAUCCAGGAGAAAUGCACAGAAGGUCACCAAGGGGAUGGAGGGAUUUGCCAGGGAAGCACAGCCAUGGACCCACAGUAGGGGAAGGAUUUUAUUGCCUUUGGACAGCCUGGGGACUGCUCAGUAUCUCAAGCAGGUGAGAUGCUCGUGGAGACUAGCAGGGCACUGAUGCUGCUUCCAUGAGGUAGGACAGCCAAGGCUGUGUGAGAGCUGGGGGUGCCCAGCAAGCCUCAAUAAAGCCCCUCCAUCCCACCUGCUGUGUUCAGAUCCUUUGAGAAGCCCCACAGCUGCAGUGGAGGAGA